UCCGGACCUGCGCGGCCGCCGCUGCUCGGCCGCCUCUCCUCUGCUCCUGCCGCUGCUGUCCUUUCACCGCCUCUCGGUGCUGCGGCCGAGAGCUCAGCGCUCUCCGCGCCCCUGCCCGUGCCGCCAUGGGGAGCCUGCAAGGCAGACCCGGGCAGGGCGGCCUCGGCCUGCUCUUUCUCCUCCUCCUGCUGCUUCUGUCGCCAGCGCGGGUGCUUUCACAGACGUGUGUUUGGUAUGGGGAAUGUGGAGUUGCUUCUGGAGACAAGAGAUACAACUGUGCUUAUGAUGGACCCCCAGUGGCACUGCCAGAGGAUGGCUAUGACUUAAUACAGGAACUCUGCCCAGGUUUGUUCUUUGGCAACGUUAGCACUUGCUGUGAUGUUCAUCAGCUUCAGACUCUGAAGAACAACUUGCAGCUGCCUCUGCAGUUUCUCUCCAGGUGCCCAUCCUGCUUUUACAACUUGGUCAACCUCUUCUGUGAGCUGACCUGCAGUCCCAACCAGUCUGACUUCUUGAAUGUCACCAGCACCAUCCCUUAUUAUGAUCCAGUUUCCAGAGAGAACAAAAGCAGCAUUACAGAGCUGCAGUACUUCAUCGGGGAGCGCUUUGCAAACGCAAUGUACAAUGCCUGCAAAGAUGUGGAGGCUCCAUCAAGUAAUGUCAAAGCACUGGGGCUGCUGUGUGGGAAGGAUGCCAAGGACUGCAAUGCAACCAACUGGAUUGAGUACAUGUUCAGUAAAGACAAUGGGCAAACUCCUUUCAGCAUUAUUCCCAUCUUCACAGAUGUUCCUCUCCAUGGAAUGAGUCCUAUGAACAAUGCUACCAAAGGCUGCAACGAGUCCGCAGAUGAUUCCACAGGACCAUGCAGCUGCCAGGACUGCUCCAUUGUCUGUGGUCCCAAACCUCAGCCCCCUCCACUGCCUGCUCCUUGGCUUUUGUUUGGUUUGGAUGCAGUCUAUGUCAUCAUGUGGAUCUCCUACAUGGGCUUUCUGCUCAUAUUCUUUGCACUGGUGUUUGGAGUCUGGUGUUACAGGCGGCGGCACUUCGUCUCCGAGUACACCCCCAUCGACGGCGACGCUGCCUUCCCUGCCAGCGCCCAGCCGGACCACGGGAAGGUCACCUGUGGUGAGAAGCUUGGUGAAAGGUUUGAGCAUGGCCUGAAGAUGACCUUCACAUCGUGGGGGGCUUUCUGCGUCAGGAAUCCACGGCCUGUUAUCCUCUUCUCUGUGGUCUUCAUUGCCAUGUGCUGCUCAGGCUUUGUCUAUGUCAGAGCAACUACCAACCCUGUGGAGCUGUGGUCUGCCCCCAGCAGCCAGGCUCGCAGGGAGAAGGAGUACUUUGACACACACUUUGGGCCCUUCUUCCGUACUGAGCAGCUCAUCAUUCGAGCACCACACAGCCAGCCAGACACCUACUCACCUUACCCAUCAGGAGCUGAUGUACCUUUUGGGCCUCCACUUACUAAAGACAUUCUCCACCAGGUCCUGGAUUUGCAGAACGCCAUUGUGGACAUCACUGCCUCUGUUGACAAUGAGACUGUAACGCUGAGGGACAUCUGCCUGGCUCCUCUGGCUCCCUACAACAACAACUGCACCAUCCUGAGUGUACUCAACUACUUCCAGAACAGCCACUCUGUUCUAGAUCACACUAUUGGGGACGAGUUCUUUGUCUAUGCUGACUACCACACACACUUCCUCUACUGUGUUCGGGCUCCAGCAUCACUGAAUGACACGAGCUUCCUUCACGAUCCCUGCUUAGGAACAUUUGGUGGACCUGUGUUUCCCUGGCUGGUGUUGGGAGGAUAUGAUGGUGAUAACUAUAAUAAUGCUACAGCUCUUAUUAUUACUUUUCCUGUCAACAACUACUACAAUGACUCAAGAAAGCUCACGAAGGCCUUGGCAUGGGAAAAAGAGUUUAUUAACUUUGUGAAGAACUACAACAAUCCCAACUUGAGCAUCUCCUUCUCUGCGGAGCGGAGCAUCGAGGACGAAAUCAACCGGGAGAGCAGGGGGGACAUUAGCACGGUGCUGAUCAGCUACAUUGUGAUGUUUGUCUACAUCUCCAUAGCUUUGGGGCAUAUCCAGAGCUGCAGGAGACUGCUGGUGGAUUCAAAGAUCUCUCUGGGCAUUGCAGGCAUCCUGAUUGUCCUGAGCUCAGUGGCAUGUUCCACAGGCAUUUUCAGCUACUUUGGGAUCCCAGUAACACUGAUUGUGAUAGAAGUCAUUCCCUUCUUGGUGCUGGCUAUUGGGGUAGACAACAUUUUCAUCAUGGUCCAGACACUUCAGAGGGAUGAGCGCCUGCAGGGGGAAACUCUGGAUAAGCAGAUUGGCAGAGUCCUGGGAGAUGUGGCCCCCAGCAUGCUCCUCUCAUCUCUUUCAGAGGCUGUGGCAUUCUUUCUGGGGUCGCUGUCGGGCAUGCCCGCGGUCCGCACCUUCUCGCUGUUCGCCGGCGCGGCCGUGCUGAUCGAUUUCCUGCUGCAGGUCACCUGCUUCGUCAGCCUGCUGGGCUUGGACGUGCGGCGGCAGGAGAGGAACCGGCUGGACGUCCUGUGCUGCAUCCAGAGCGGCGAGGAAGGCACCGCAGUCCAGCCUGCAGAGAGCAUCCUCUUUCUCUUCUUCAAGAACCUCUACUCUCCAUACCUGCUGAAGGACUGGAUGAGGCCCAUCGUGGUGGCAGUGUUUGUGGGGGUCCUGUCCUUCAGCAUAGCAGUUGUGCACAACGUGGAGAUUGGCCUGGACCAGGCUCUGUCCAUGCCAGAUGACUCCUAUGUCAUGGAUUACUUCAGCCAGCUCAAGUACCUGCAUGCAGGCCCUCCAGUCUACUUUGUGCUGGAGGAGGGCCACAACUACACCUCUCUGGAAGGGCAGAACAUGGUGUGUGGUGGAAUGGGAUGCAACAACAACUCCCUUGUCCAGCAGAUCUUCAAUGCAGCAGAAAUCAGCAGCUACACCAGGAUAGGCUAUGCUCCAUCCUCCUGGAUUGAUGACUACUUUGACUGGGUGAAGCCACAGUCCUCCUGUUGCAGAGUCUACAACACCACUGGGCAGUUCUGCAAUGCUUCAGUCUCUGACCCAUCCUGCGCCCGCUGUCGACCGCUGACUCCAGAAGGCAAGCAGAGGCCUCAGGGCAAGGACUUCAUGAGGUUUUUGCCCAUGUUCCUGGCUGACAACCCCAACCCCAAGUGUGGCAAAGGAGGGCAUGCUGCAUACAGCUCUGCUGUGGACCUGAUCGACAGCCAGGCUGCUGUGGGAGCCACCUACUUCAUGACUUACCACACGGUGCUGAAGGACUCCUCCGAUUUCAUCGAGGCCAUGAAGCAGGCUCGGGCCCUGGCUGACAACAUCACUGAGACCAUGGGCAUCCCAGGGCACAGCUACAGGGUGUUCCCCUACAGUGUCUUCUAUGUCUUCUACGAGCAGUACCUGACCAUUGUGCAGGAUGCUGUCUUCAACCUCUGCAUCUCCUUGGGCUCCAUCUUCCUGGUGACAGCUGUGCUGCUUGGCUUUGAAGUCUGGGCUGCUGUGGUGGUGUCAGUAACCAUUGCCAUGAUCAUCAUCAACAUGUUUGGAGUGAUGUGGCUCUGGGGCAUCAGCUUGAAUGCAGUGUCACUGGUGAACCUGGUCAUGAGCUGUGGCAUUGCUGUGGAGUUCUGCAGCCACGUGACGAGAGCCUUCACGGUCAGCAGCAGGGGCAGCAGGGUGGAGCGGGCCCGGGAGGCGCUGGCACGCAUGGGCAGCUCGGUCUUCAGUGGCAUCACACUGACCAAGUUUGGAGGCAUUGUGGUGCUGGCUUUUUCCAAGUCUCAGAUCUUCAAGGUGUUCUACUUCAGGAUGUACCUGGCCAUGGUUCUCCUGGGAGCCACACAUGGACUGAUCUUUCUGCCAGUUCUGCUCAGUUACAUAGGCCCUUCAGUGAACAAAGCCAAGACUCGAGCUGCACAGGAGAGGAGCAGAGGCACAGAGCGGGAGAGGCUUCUCUACUUCUGAGGCACUCAGGGGACUGCAGGAGCUGCAGCCUGGGCCCAGCUCCGGCCCCACGGCAGCUUUCUGAGACUAUCACCCUGCAAGCACCACCCAGGGGCUCUGCCCAGCCUCACCUAGGAGCCCCCAGGCCUUGAACUCAGGGAGCGCUGCCUGGGGCUCCCCUAAGAGCAGUAUUACUGAAGCCAGCUGUGGUUCCAGGCUGCCUAACCCCACUUCUCUC